AUGACAUCUCGGAUUCUGGCCGCGGCGCUCGCCGCCUCGAGCUUCACCCACGCAGCGAUAAACGAUCCUCCUCUGGCAAAGGGCUUCGGUCCAAGUCAGGAUGUUGCGAAAAGCCGUGGACCCCAGAUUUUCAACGCCAUCAACGACGCUAUGAGGCAAUGGGGCUCGUCUCUUCACCACAACGGCAUGUCUUUUUAUCUGGCCACAGUGCCCGAGGGCGUGAUUUUCCAUCACGGCAACGAUAACGAAAGAUCACCAGACGGCCCAGAGUGGCUUGCAUACGAAAUAGAGCACGCCGAGGGUUUCGCGCGCGGGAGAUGGGGACCCCCGGGGGGAGGUCCUCCCGGUCGCGGACGGCCUCCUCCUGGUGACGGUCAUCAUCCGUCCGCGGAUGACGACAAGGAGCUACCGUCUAGGAAGCUCAUGGCACCAAGUCGCUUCGACUUGGUACGAAUUAGGGAUGAAGGCAAAUCGCAACACACGAUGGUCGAUGAUCACUCUUCCGGGUCGUCAGACGCCAUCGACGACGCGGAAGGACAGGGUGGAUGGCUUCAUACCUAUCGCACGACUCGACCGUUACGAUACCUAUACGUUGAUGGAAUGAGCGGCGGCAAGAAUACCAUGGGUACUUUGGACACCCAAGACUACCUGCUCCGAAGUGACAGGACCACAUCGUAUACAAUGCACGAGCCACCGCACAUGGGCAAGCGGGCUGGCGGUCCAAUGGACGAAAGGAGACGGGCUGAUGAGCUCUGCGAAAUGUGCUACUACUGGGAUCUCUCUGGUAUCAUCCGCAUGGAAGCCGGCUUUGAGAUCAUACACUGUGAUUUCAAAGAUGGCCUCGAACAGAUCGCGGCUUUGCAACGACCGGGUCCCAGGGACGGUGACCGUGGGAGAGGUGGCUCCGUCAGCAACUUCGAGUUCAUGCGCGCCCUUUCCGAACGUUACGAUGGCAUCGGAUCAUCCAGAACAACUAUCGACUUCUCGUCUAUGGUCUCGGCGUUCUUUUAUCCCGUGAACCUGACCAACCCGGACCCAAAGCGACCUGACUUGCCACGACUUGCCAGGGUUACUGAUGCGGAACUUGCUGCCAUCAAGGCUGACUUGAAUCGCGUCAUUUACGAAAAGCACGACAGCCACAACCGCAUUGUUGAUUGGCAAGAUGUGACAGAUCUCAUUGUGGCCCGUUAUGCGGAUAGGUUCAAGUACAUGACCGAGAAGAUCAGCUCGGCGAGCAAACUGCUCGACGAGAUCAACCACCUCCUGACCGUCUACAUCGACUACUCUAACAAGGGUCCUGACCAAAUCCCGUCUGCCAUUAACCGUUGUACCAAUGUCUAUCUCCACGGCAUCUCUCCCCAGACCGAAGCCGACAAAUUCAUACACGCUGCCAUCAUGAGUGUAACGUCAGAAAUCUGCACCAAGCUAUUCGAUGCAAGGGAAAUCCUCACCAACAACUCCACGAAUGGAGAGGGUCUCGAGCCACUCGCACUGCCCGAUGCUAUGAAAACUAUCCGCUCCUUAGUGGAAUACUUGGGGUGGGCUCGCUUCAAGCGCUGUUCACAGUGCGAUGUGGACGAGGUAUGCAUGAUUCCAAUGUGGCCUUUCGGCACGAAGGAGGAUUACGACUCACCACGAUGUGCCAAUUCAUCGAGCGUUAGAGGGGACGGAGAGAAUUACUGGGGAGGUUUCGGCCGGCCUGGUGGACCGGGCAGGCGCCCAGGUGGUGGGAGAGACGGGAGGGGACCUCCGCCCCCGUGA